UUGGACAUUAAUUCGGCUUAUCCGGCUUUUUCGUUAUCCGGUCUAGCUGCCCGCCACCUUAGGCCGGAUAGUUGAGAGUUUACUGUAUAUACCGGCCGAUAUGUUGGAGAGAGUGUGCCAAAAUUGGACCUUGCGCAUGGGCCAUCUAAAGCGGAGCCGCGGCCAACAUUUACAUGAAAUAAUCUUUAAACAUUAA